GCAUUGUUUCCAACAGCAACCACAUUCAACAACUUCAACAGGUAUCGAUGAUACCUUGAUUAUCUUGAAAAAACCGGCAACUAAGGUUGUGAGGGACAAAAACUAAGAUGUCGAUAGCAAUUGCACAAGCCAAGCACAUCUUUGGUCUUAAACCAGGUGUGACUGGCAACAUUUGCUACCAUGAUGAACAGACCAUUGUUUAUCCCUCUGGGGCAAAUUGUAUUUUAUACAACAUUGACCAAAAGUCACAGAAGUUCAUUCCUGGCACGGAUAAAAGUGAGGGUAUGACAGCUUUGGCUGUGAGUCCAAACAGAAGAUAUGUGGCAAUUGCUGAAAAAGGAGAAAAGCCAACAAUUACAAUAUACGAUCUUCACAGUCUCCGGAAAAGGAAAGUCCUUAGCUCUCCAGAUGUUCAGUCAAAUGAAUUUGUCAGCUUGGCAUUCUCACCUGACUCUAAAUACUUGGUUGCUCAAGGCGGAAAACCUGACUAUACAUUGCUGUAUUGGACGUGGGAGAAAUCUAAAGUAAUGGCUGGCACAAAAACAUCCAAUCCCCAGACCAGUCCUCCAGUGUAUCAGGUAAGCUUCAAUCCUCAAGACAACACUCAACUGUGUGUUGUCGGAAAUGGCAUCUUCAAGCAUUUCCGCUACAGUGAAGGAAACCUCAAAACUUUCAACUUCCAAAAGAUGGAACCACAAAACUAUCUCUGCCAUGCCUGGGUUUCUGAAGAGCGAGUUAUUGUUGGUACUGACACUGGACGACUGCUACUGUUUGAAGCUGGAGAAUUAAAGAAUGAAUUUAACAUUGGCGCUCAACAAAGAGAAGCUGGACGGCCAAAUGAAGGAGAGGAGGUUUCCAGCAUCCCAGUCAUUCCACAGGUUUCAGCCAUUGUGGCUUACUCAAAGGGAUUUGCUUGCUCCUGUGGACCUGGCACCGUACAUUUAUUUGAGAAAACAGAUGACAAAGACUUUUUCAAGAAAACAAGAGAAAUCAAGAUCCCACCAGACAACAACAGUGCUGACCCGACCAAAGCCCAACAACAGCUGAUUACUUGUCUGACCGUCAGUCCGUCUGAGGAGACCCUUGUGGCCAGUACUGACCUCAGCCAACUCUACUACCUAACACUGCCCAGUGCUGACCUUGGAAAGAGUGAAGGAGAUCAGGCUCAUUUUGAGGUUCUGGCCCAAUCCUUUCACUACGGUCAGAUCACAGGGCUGGAUGUUUGUAUCAGGAAGCCACUGAUUGCUACAAGCUCACACGACAGAUCUGUUCGCAUCUGGAACUACGAAAACUGUAACCUGGAGCUGCAUAAGGAGUUUGCAGAGGAAGCGUACAGUAUCGCCCUGCAUCCCUCUGGCCUGUACAUCUUAGUGGGCUUCAGUGACAAACUCCGUCUGAUGAACCUCCUCAUCGACGACAUCAGGACCUUCAAAGAAUUCACCAUCCGUGGGUGCAGAGAGUGUGGCUUUAGCAAUGGUGGAAACUUGUUUGCCGCAGUGCACAGCAAUGUCAUCCAAAUCUACUCCACCUCGACAUUUGAAAAUACCUCAAACCUAAAGGGUCACAAUGGUAAAGUUCGGUCAAUUGUGUGGAGUUCUGACGACAGCAAGAUGGUGUCCUGUGGUGGAGACGGAGCUGUCUAUGAGUGGGAGACCUACUCAGGGAAGAGAGUCGGGGAGAGUGUGCUCAAGUCCUGUGGCUAUACUGGAGUGGCUGUCACACCAGACGGAAAAGCCACUUUUGCAGUUGGUUCUGACAAGACUCUGAAAGAGAUUGCAGAUUCACAGAUCCUGCGCCAGAUUGAAGCUGGUGACAUGACCUUGAGUAGUGUAGCUUUGUCCCAUUCCGGCCGUAUGUUGUUUGCUGGUACUGUGAAAGGAACACUGUGGUCACUCAAAUUUCCCCUCAACCCACCAGGAGAGUGGACAGAACAUUCGGGUCAUGGAAGUCAGAUCACCAAGAUGAAGAUCAGCUACGACGACCAGUACCUGGUUACAGUGUCUGAGGAUGCCUCUGUCAUCCUGUGGAAGAUCCAAGAUAAGGAGGGGCGUGGCCUGAAACGGGACAAGGAAGUGGGAUGGGCUGAGGAAAUCCUCAUCACUAAGAGUGACCUAGAGGAAAAGAACACAAUGAUGAGUGACCUGAAGACAAGGAAUGAUGAACUGAAGCUUGAGAAUGAUUACCAGCUACGUCUGAAGGACAUGAAUUACAACGAAAAGAUCAAGGAACUCACGGAGAAGUUUAUCCAGGAAAUGGAAGCAUUGAAAACUAAGAAUCAGGUUCUGAAGACAGACAAAGAUAAGGAGGAGGCAAAGCAUGAGGAAGAGAUGAGAGAGGUCAUGGAUAAACACACUAAAGAGCUUCAGGAUCUCGAGUCGGCCAACAACCAGAAGCUGAUGUUGGAGUAUGAGAAAUUCCAGGAGCAGCAGAGUAAAACUAUGAAAAUGCAGGAGGAAUACGAUCGUCUACUCCAGGAAAAAGAGGAAAGCAAGAUGAGGGCUAUGGAGGAACUGACAGAGUAUUACGAGACAAAACUCCAGGAGAAAACAACUCAACUGGAACAGGCUCAUGAUGAGGCCAGGCAGUCACUGAAGGAAUACGAAGAAACUAAAAAACAGAUUGAGGAGGACGCUGAUAGGGAAAUCCUUGACAUCAAGAACAACUACGAGAUCAGACUGCGUGCUGAAAAGGAGGACAACAUCAAACUGAGGGGAGAAAGUGGAAUCAUGAAGAAAAAGUUUACAAGUCUCCAGCGAGAGAUUGACGAUCACAAAGAGGAAAUUAAGAAGUUCCAGGCAGAGACUCAGAAACAGACCAAUGUGAUUCGUAAUAUGGAAAAAGACAUCAUGGGUCUGAAGAAGGAGAUACAAGAGAGAGAUGACACCAUUCAAGACAAGGAAAAGAGAAUCUAUGACUUGAAGAAGAAGAACCAGGAAUUGGAGAAGUUCAAGUUUGUGCUGGACUACAAGAUCAAGGAACUGAAGAAACAGAUUGAGCCAAGGGAAAACGACAUCAAGAGAAUGAAGGAUCAGAUCCAGGAGAUGGAGAGUGAACUGGAGAGGUUCCACAAACAGAAUACACAGCUUGAGCUUAGCAUAAAGGAGCUCACCCAGAAACUCCGGGCCACCGACAAAGAGAUGCACCAGGAGAGACAGAAGGUACGCGAUGUAGAGGCAGUGGUGAAGAGGUUCAAGACUGAUCUACACAACUGUGUGGGCUACAUACAGGACCCCAAGAUGUUGAAGGAAAGCAUUAAGGCUCUGUACUCAAAACACGUUCAGGAGGAUGUGACGGAAUCUGCAAGUGUGGACGCUGACAUACAGAAGGAAUACAGUAGGCAGCGAGAACACCUGGAAAGAUCUGUAGCCUCACUCCGCAAGAAGCUUUCCAAGGAUUCUGAAAUACAUAGAGCCGAUAAUGUCAGGAUCAUGCAGGAAAAUGUGUCCUUGAUCAAGGAAAUCAAUGAUUUACGUCGGGAGCUCAAGAUAGCUAGAACACAAAUCCACGACCUUGAGGCAGCAAUGGGACUCCACAGCAAGAAGAACAAAAAUGACACGGCAGCCAUUGCUGCUAUCACUGCUAAAGGACCAAGUGCUCUUAUGGAAAAAGAUAUGGAGGAAAAGAAUAAAAUGAUUGAGAUGCAGAUGGUAGAAAUUCGACGUUUACGUUCCGAGAUAUCCGACUUAGAUUUUGGCUCUCGACCUCCGUCAUCACACCGUCUACCACCCGUACAGUUAGUGUCAUGAUCACCCGAACACUUUACUCAAGUGGAAUUGUCAUGAGAAAUUUUGUGAUCAUGCUUAGGGUUGCUGAGUACAGUGUAUAAGAAAAUGGAGAAUGAAAAUCUGCAACUCUUGCGUAGAACAUUCAUCACAUAUUCUCAAACUAUGUGCUUUGUGUAUGUCAAAAUAUCUGAACCCUUGGUAUGGUGAAUAUCUGUAUACUAACUUUUCAUAAACUUGUGUGUUAAUCAUGCAAAGCUGUUUUUUGAUAAAAUGUUGUUAAGAAUCCUGUUGGAUACCUGCAACUUACUUUUGUAAAAUACAUUUUUGGAAAACUUUAUUCAAGCUCAUUCCAGAGAAAUUUUGAAAAAUAAAAUUUCUCUUCAACCACUAAUAUUGUUUGCGAAGCACAAUGUUAGCAAAUAAUUUUGAUAAUUGAACAUGGUACUUACGUUACUUCUGCUGACUAGCUGCUUCUUGACUUUAUAUAUUGAUUCAUAGCCACAGUAACGUGCCAGAUAUGAUUUUACAUAUAAAGACAUCUUUACAAAAAUUAUUCUUCUCAAAAUGUAAUAUCUGAUUGUACUGUGUUGACGCUCUGAGAGAUAUCUGGAUAUAUUUGUAUAUUUUAUCUUUUAUGAGGUAUUUUUUAUGUAAUGACAGGUUUCAUUCAGGCUGUGAUAGAUAAAGUAAAUAAUUAUGAGUGUUUAUCAUAAAUUUCCUGAAAGCUUUUGUGAUAUUUUUUACAUUCGUUUUACAUAUAAAUUCUGAAAUCAUUGUUCACAUUAAUAUUUUCAAUUUGGAGAAUUUUGAAAAUGUUAAAAGUUGCAUUUUGGAAUUCUAGAAUUAUUUAUGAAAUGAAUUUAAAGUAGCUAUGAGUUGUAUUAGCGCCUUAAAACCUUAAACCUGGGACCCAAGGUUUGGGUGUGAGCUGACAAAAGAUUUUCAGGAAAAUAUCCGUCCAAAAGUGUGCAGUAUUCCUGUAAAUUGUGUAAAUACAAAUUUAAUAUGAUUAAGUAGUUAUGGUAGACCACACUAUUUAUGUGGAAUUACUGUAAAAUCAUGUGAAUUCUGUGAUAAUCUUAUGUAUAAAAAGUAAUAAAAAUAUGGAAAUAGU